AUGCAUAUACUCUGGCGGGAGUCUGCAGACGUAGUAGCCUACGAAACUGCACGUCUCAGUCGGGUCUUCAACAGACGUUGCCCUGAUCGGUUUCCACGAGCGGUAGUGAAGCCAACCAAUGAGAGUGAUAUAAUCACUGCAAUCAGGCUAGCAGUGCAGCGGAAUUACCGUAUUGCUGUUCGGGCUGGCGGACAUUCCUUUCCUGUGUGGAGUGUUCAUGACCAUUCCAUUCUGCUUGACCUAGGUGCCUUUAGGGUAUUGGAAGUCGACCAAGGAACUCGUACUGCAAAGGUUUCACCUAGUAUUACAAGCAAAGAGCUCAAUGACUUUCUAAUCGAUAAGCAUGGGUUGAUGUUCCACGGGGGUCAUUGCCCCGACGUUGGUCUCGGUGGGUUCUUACUGCAAGGUGGAAUGGGUUGGAAUUGUCGGAAUUGGGGCUGGGCGUGUGAAAGCGUCGAAGCAGUAGAGGUAGUUACCGUGCAAGGACAGUUGCUCGUUUGCAACGCCCAACAGAAUGCUGAGCUAUAUUGGGCCGCUCGAGGCGCGGGACCAGCAUUUCCUGGAGUCGUGACCAAAUUUCACCUGCGAUUAAUGCCAUACCCGAGAAAUGGGUUCCGAUCAUCGGGUUACAUUUAUCCGCGCAGUUGCUACCGAGACGCAUUUUCCUGGGUACUUGAGAUGGCCCCUACGUUAGACAAUGACACCGAGAUCACAGUAUGCACCCGUUAUCCCGAAGACCAAGAAGAAGUAUGUGUCUCUAUCCAUUUCGUCUCUAUGAAGGCAACGGCCGAGGAGGCUGAAGCAGCUCUACGCCCUAUACACACACACAAAUCCCGACCUUCGGGAUCGCUUAGUGAGUGGUAUUGCCGAGAAGAUAGUCUAGGGAAUCUGUAUGUGAAACAGGCAAAAGCAAACCCAAAGGGACAUCGGUACCAUACGGAUAACGCAUACAUCCACAAUGAUGCCGAUGUGGUUUCGGUGUUAGAAGAAGCUUUUUUGGAACUCCCUCGUGGGAAAUCGUUCGCAUUCUGGACCGCUAUGAACCCAUGGAGCAGACGCGAGCUACCUGACAUGGCAUUGAGUAUGCGGUCUGAUCAUUAUUUCGCAAUUUAUACAGUGUGGGAUGAUGCCAAGGAUGAUAAGACAUGCCAGUCCUGGGUGCGGAAGGUCAUGAAAGAUAUUGAUAAUCAUUCGGUAGGUACGUAUCUAGGAGAUUCGGACCUUCAAAAGGAGAAUGCGCGUUACUGGGCCAGUGACAAUACCAGACGCUUGAUAGAGAUAUGUGAGGAGUGGGAUCCUAAGGGCAUUAUGUGUCGGUAUCAGCCUGACUGGACGAAGCUCGAAGUUAGGAACUAG